AUGGAAAUCAUUUCUAACAUCCUGAUCAACAACGGUCAAGAUGCUGAUCAAUUGGAAUUAAUGUGUAAGUUCUCUGGAAAGUCGAUUACUGCACUAGCUUUUAAAGCUUCACUGGAACACGGGAUAGAGCUGGAUCUAUGGACUUGUUUAAAGAAAUUCAAGUUGAAACCAAAAACAGAGCUUUUCUGGUGGAGGCUUCACAAUAAAUGUAUUCCUUCUAAUCCAUUCUUGGUUAAGAGGAAAAUAUGUAUUAAUUCUCAUUGCCCGAGAGGAUGUGGAGUUGAUGAAGAUGAAAACCAUUUAAUUGGUGGUUGUUUCAAAAUUAAGAAUGUGAUUUCUAUUAUCAAUAAUUGGGGUUUUAUGGUCCCAAUCUUUGAUAAUUUUCAAAGGUGCAUGGAUUUUCUUCUUAAAGCCAAUGGAAGGAGCAAUCUUGGAGCUAACUUGUUUUGUAUAGCAGUUUAUCUGGUUUGGAAGAGCAGAUGUAAAUUGAUUCAUGGGGAUAAAGAAGAAUCGGAUAAUACAUUAGCAGUAAAUGCCAUUUCUAUGGUGGUAAGCAGUAAUUUCCUAAAUAUUCAAACGGGAUCCUGGGAUGCUAAUCAUCUUGGACUGUUAUCUACUUGGCAUCCCCCUCCUCCCGGGUGGAUCAAGAUAAAUGUGGACGCUGCUCUUAAAAUUAAUAAUAUGGCCUGUAUUGGUGGAGUAGCUAGAGAUGAUAAGGGCAGAUUUUUUAUGGAUUUUGGAGAAAAAUGUUGGCAUUGGGACAUCUCUCAAUUGGAAUUAUUGGCUGUGUUACACUUGAAAAAUUUGGUGAGAGAUUGGAUGUUUGAAGCACAAGGUGUUAUCAUUGAAGGAGAUAAUUUCAACAUCAUCAAGUUGAUUCAAAAUACGGUUAAAGCUUAG